AUGGGUGUCGAGAGAAAGAUUAUUACUCGUGGUAACGGCUCUGACUCGCCUGCUGCAGGCGAUAAGGUCUCUAUCCACUACACAGGAUGGAUUUACGAUGCCAAGAAGGCCAACAAGGGCUUCCAGGGCAAGCAAUUCGAUAGUUCCAGAACCCCUGGACGUGGCGUUUUCAAUGUUCAGAUUGGUGUUGGACAAGUCAUCAAAGGUUGGGAUGAGGGUGUCAUGCAGAUGACCCUGGGAGAGAAGGCAACCUUGACUAUUUCUCCGGACUAUGGCUACGGUGACAAGGCGGCUGGCAAGAUUCCUGCAGGCUCUACUCUGAUCUUCGAGGUCGAACUCCUUAAGAUCAACAACAAGAGCGCCUAA